AUGAAUAGGGCGCACCCCACGCGCACCCCUCUACUGCCGGGUGAUGAGCCCGGCAGCUCCCGCAGCUGUGCUGCCCAAGUCGGAGGGUACACGGUUACCGGCCCCGGGUGUGCAGUACGGAACGGUCGGAAGCUGCAGCCAGCGAGUGGGCGGGGCGAGCAGGCCUGGGAGGGCUCAAAGGCGAGGUGGAAGGAUACACGAGCCACGGCCGGAACUACUUUCAGGAGGAGGUCACGUGUGGUCCUAGUUGGGGAACUUUCCAAAUUCCCAUUCCCGUCUGUGUGCUCCUGAGGCAAGAGCUUGGACCCCUCUGCUCUACUAGAUGGUCACCCCAGGUGGGGGCGGCUGGACCCCAGCUCUCCCCUUUCGGAGCGGAGAAAAGCACCCACGAGCGGUCCGCAGGAGCGCUGUCAGGGCCAACGCCUGGGGAGCUGGUUACACAAGCACCCACAUCCAAGCACGUGCCCCCGCCACCCCUCUCUGCUGGCCGCCGCCGGUUUGUGCACGGCUGUUUUUGUGCACAGUUCUUCUGGUCAGUUGGGGGAGGCAGGGAAUACAGAUGAGGGCAAUUUGAAAACAAUAGAAGAAAGGCCUGCAUUUGGUUUCUAA